AUGAGGGAUCUGGCAAGUGAAAACCUAGAAUCGGUUGUAGACACGGUGCGAGGAUACGCAUUAAUAUUUGUCGGUAUUGGCGUCUUUUCUGGAGUCAUGAACUUUAUAACAGUUUUCUUCUACGCUAUUGCUGGUGAACAUUUGACGGAAAGGCUACGUCAGCUACUCUUCGAAAAAAUAUUACAACUAGAAAUUGCAUUCUUUGAUGAUAAACGUCACUCCACUGGAGCACUUUGCGCCAAAACUGUCAGGAGAAUCAGCUGCAGUACAAGGGGCCACGGGUCAAAGAAUCGGUACAGUAUUACAAGCAGUAGGUACGUUUUCGUUUGCCUGGUAUUGGCUUUGAUAUAUGAAUGGCGAGUGGGCCUAGUCGCUUUAUCUUUCGUGCCUGUAAUAAUGGUGGUGUUAUACAAACAAGGAAAGAAUGACCUACUACGAGUCGACUGA